AUCAAAAUAUUCAACACUUCCAUCAUCAAACUCCACAAAAUGGCUCCCAAACCCGAAUCCCAAAACCUAACCUCCACCACCUCCGCCGCCGAACCAUCGUCCCCCUCCUCCAUAGAUCCACUCUUCCACCUUCUCACCCUCCUCCCUUACUCAAUCCUGCGCCCACCACGCCUCCGUCUCAAACUCCCCUCCUUCACCCUCCCUUCCUCCAUGACAGUCUUCUCCUUAGUCCUCCUCACCUACUUCAUGGUAGUUUCUGGCAUCGUCUAUGACGUAAUCGUUGAACCACCUGGUAUCGGGUCAACCCAAGACCCAUAUACCGGAUCUGUCAAACCUGUGGUUUUCUUGCCUGGAAGAGUUAAUGGGCAGUAUAUAAUUGAAGGGCUCUCUUCUGGGUUCAUGUUCAUUGUUGGUGGCGUUGGCAUUAUUUUGAUGGAUCUUGCUCUUGAAAAGAAUCGUGCCAAGAGUGUUAAGGUUUCUUAUGCUACUGCUGGGAUUUCCUCUGUUGUUAUUGCUUAUGUUAUGAGUAUGCUUUUUCUUCGGAUUAAGAUCCCAGGAUAUCUUCGUUGAGUUUUCGGGUUUUUUUAUGUAUUUUGGAAUGAUACUUUGUUAAGCUAGUUCGAAAUCACAAUGUGGCUUGUCAAAUGGGGUUAGUGUGGAUUUUUAUGAUCUGGGUUACUCUCAUUUGAUCUUGUGGUGCUAGUUGGUUAUGGAACUAUUAGUAUUUUUGUUAAUAAAAGUCGCAAAUUCUGACUA